AGGGUAUGAUGACUUUCUAUAGGCACUGUAUGUGCAUAUCAGUGGUUCCCUCUGAUGAGUAUUUUGUUAUAGUUAUGGGAUUUGACAGACUGUGUGUGUGUGUGUGUGUGUGUGUGUGUGUGUGUUUGUGUGUGUGUGUUGUAUAGGUGCAGUGAAGAGGUACAGUGUGUGAGUGUAUUGAAUAUCAUCCAAUCAUCAUUGGAUAUUACGAACUGGAGAAACUAGAUUUUUAUAUGACAGCUAAACCAUUAUAAGAUCCUUGCUAAAUCUGUGUAACCUGAAACAUAUAAAACAUUGUAACCUGUAAGGACUAUAUAUGACGUUGUAUGAGGAAAACGAGAAAGUGGCCUACUGGUUAGGGCUUCUAGCUUGUAACGGAGGGUUGCUGGUUCAAUCCCUGACCAGUCCAUGGCUGAAGUGCCCUUGAGCAAGGCACCUAACCCCUCACUGCUCCCCGAGUGCCGCUGUUGGGCAUGCAGCUCAUUGCUUAGUGUUCACUGCAUGCUGUGUGUGUUCACUAAUUCAAGAAUUGGGAUAAACACAGAGACCGAGUUUCCCUCACGGGAUCAAAAAAGUACUGUAUAUAUACUUAUACUUUAUAUACGACCCCCACCCCACAUACACACACACCCAAGAGGACCAUCAUACUCAACUUUGAGUUGAUGUGUGUGUUUGUAUGUGGAUGAGGAGGAGACUGUGUGUGUGUGUGUGUGUGUGUGAGUGUGUGUGAUUGCGUCUAACCCCCUGUGAUGGAUAAAUGAUGAUGAGAUAUAGUAUGUAGGGGAGACAAAGUGUGUGUGUGUGUGUGUGUGUGUGUGUGUGUGUGUGUGUGUGUGUGUGUGUGUGUGUGUGUGUGUGUGUGUGUGUGUGUGUGUGUGUGUGUGUGUGUGUGUGUGUGUGUGUGUGUGUGUGUGUGUUUUAUAGUGUUCAGACUGGUGAAACUAAUAUGACUAUUAUCAUAAUCAGUAAUCAUUUGUCUUCUAGAGUGGGUUUAGGUCAUACCUUCCUGAAGGAGAGUCCAGCAGCAGCAGCAGCAGCAGCCUCUGCUAGCAGCUCCCACUCAGAUGCUGCAGAGCUGCACCUCAGAGACAGGGAGGAUCACCACAAGGAUGCCCAACAGAGGAGCUGUGAAUCCUGUGCUCAAGUUCUAGACUCCAGCCACUGGGUCCUGGUGAAGCCUGAAGUCUCCACAGAGAAGAGCAUCUCCACCUACAGCCUGAGUUCUCUUGCAGGGAGCUAUGAGUGUCCAGAGUCUGGUCUGCGCUGGACGUGUGCUGGUCCAGUCACCCUGCAGUACCACUUCACUGAUUGGCAUGUCUUUGCUGAAGAGCUGGCCCACAUGCAGUUCGGACCUGCUGGUCCUUUGAUGAACAUCAGGCUCAUGUCAGGAGAGCUGGAGGAGAUCCACCUGCCACAUUUCCUCUGUUUGGGGGGUUCUGAGGAGUCUGUGUGUGAUGCCGUGAGGGUCCUGCAUGGGCGGGAGAGUGGAGUGUGUGUGGAGGUGUGUGAGCUGACCAGACACCAUGCCAGGCUUGUCCACCCCUCCUUCUCUCUGUUAGGGCUGGUGUAUUACCUGAGCGAUCUGCUUUUUCCCAAAGUCCACUGUGAGCUGCUGCUCUUCUGCACCUGCAUCACUCCCCUGGAACUCCACACCUACCUGGUGCCAGAUGACCCAGCUCACAUCCAGGCCAUCCACAAGAAGGAGGUGGAGAAGAGGGGGGUGUGGAUUGACAAACCCGGCGCUGUGGGCUCGCUUUGGCUGAAGGACACCUUUUGUGUGAGGACAUUGUGUCCAUCUUGUCCUUCGGAAAUCCAACCUAAGAAGAACCUGAACCUGUGGCCGCCUUCCACUAGUAAGUUUUUUGAAGUGUGCAUGAAGCAGCCAGAGGAGGAGUUUGAUAUGGAGGUCAUCAGCUCUCGGCACACAGAGCCCAUCUGGACAGUCACGAUCCGCAGACGCGACUACUGCCAGCCCAGCAGGAGCCCAGCACAGGGCAGCAGCCAGGGGGCAAACACAGAGCGGCUGUUCCAGGUGCGGCCCGGCCUCAUCAGUGGAGUGUCCAGCGGUGUCCUGAGGAGCAUGCUGGACCGACUCCAGGCCCACAGGCCUCCUGUGCUGAGCAGCAGGGAGGCUGAAGAGGUCCUGCAGAGGAACCAGGUGCUGCAGGACCAGGUGAGCUGCCUGGUGGACAUGGUGCACAGGAAGGGAGAUACAGCAUGCAGCAUCAUGCUGGUCCUGCUGGAGGAACUGGACCCCCACCUUUAUGGAGCGCUGCACCUGUGACCACCUGCAGGGGGCGCCCCUCUCACCCUGUGCUCAGUGUGUCAACGGCGGGAGAGAACAACACACUGGCAGCUGAACAGCCAGUCAACAGCUCUCCUACAGCACACACACACACACACACACACACACACACACACACACACACACACACACACACACACACACACACACACACACACACACUCUGCAGCUCUACUCCACCUGGUGGAGUUUAUAGACUGCUAAACUUCGCCUACAAAAAGGAACCAAGGCUGCCAUCUUUGCCCAUAUAAGGAGAUCCUAUUGUUAAUUGAAUUUAAAUACCAUAUGGCAGUUACAUUGCAAAUUAACUCUGGGGUAGCAAAAUGCAAAGUGUGCUGUUUUAACAUGCCAAAGAUAAUGCACCCUGAUAAAGUCUCCUUGGCCUUUGGAAUUAAAAUAACCCCACAUCAUCACAUACCCUUCACCACACCUUGAGAUUGCCAUGGUUUUAUUUCAGUUAGCCUAUUAGCUGGUUUGAUUUGCAUUGAGCAGCUACAGUAUGCCAGACUAGUCAGUGGUUCGUCAGCAUAUAUUCCACACUCUAACCUAAUCUAGUUUUGUGCUGCUGAUUUGUGAUUUGGGUUCUUUGGGUCUGUUUUGGGUUCUCUGUGGAUAUGUUAUAGCCCACUGUUCAAGGCAGUUUUGUUUUAUCAUUGACUAAUCUAAUGAGAGAUUGCAUGAAAAUAGACAAUAAUGAUAAGAUAGGAGUAGAUUUUAUUUGAUCCCACACUGGGGAAAUGUAGGCUACUUGUUACAACAGCCAGGGAAGAGCAAAAAUAAUAAAUAGCAGACAUAUUAAACAGUUAAACAAUAUAAGAAUGAAAAAAAUAUGUAUACAAUGUGCCAUUCAAAACCCAUCAAAUAACUAUUCGGUGCUGUUGAAUUCAUAACUCAGCUUCUCCAGUAGCCUGAUUGCUUUGAUGGAUACGAGCUGAUGUUUAGCUUUUAAUCCCUUACUAUUAUGCUCCACUCUCAUACAAAGUAAUUAAAAAGAUUUGCAGAGAGAGAGAGAAAGAGAGAUAUGCACACACCUUAUAGCCUGCUGUUUGGCAGUCUAGUCCUGUGACAGACAUGGCCACUUGU